AUGCUUCUUCCUAAGGGUGGUGUGACGUGGAAGUCGGCUAAGGCUAGAUUGCCUCCAUGGAGGGCCGUUCUUUUCCUGGUAACGAGGACUCGCUUCCUCGUGUCGGUUGCCCUGACCGGCUUGAUGAUUCUGUUCUGGCGUGGGAUUAGCAGAUCGGCGUCGGAGAUGCAAAGUUUUUACUGCUACGGCCCCCCUAAAUCCCCCAUGGAUAUGUCUUUGAAUGAGAUGGUUGAAUGGAACAGCCAUGCUCAAUCCCCCGUCCUCCUGAACCAUCACGAAGCCUAUGAAGUCAACUCCAGCACCAUCAGCCAAGUCGAACUGAACGGAAUCAACUCGAGUCCCCAGGCCGUCGCCAACAACGAACGCGUUCUCAUCCUGACGCCGUUGAGGGAUGCGGCUCACUACCUGGAAAAAUACUUCGAGUUGCUCUACAAGCUCAGCUACCCUCACCAUCUCAUCGACCUGGGUUUCCUCGUCGGCGAUUGCAAGGACAACACCCUGGAGAUUUUACUGUCGGAAUUGAAGCGGAUCCAGGAACAGGGCGAUAAGGUCGCUUUCCACAGCGCGACCAUCGUGAAGAAGGACUUCGGGGCCGAUGUCGAGAUGAGCGUCGAGGAUCGUCACUCGUUCGCCGCUCAAGGCCCCCGUCGCAAGGCCAUUGGUCGCGCCCGCAACUACCUGCUUUACUCCGCCAUGAAGCCCGAGCAUUCCUGGGUGUACUGGAGAGACGUCGAUAUCACGGAUAGCCCGGAAAGUAUCAUCGAAGAUUUUGUGGCUCAUGACCGUGAUGUUCUUGUUCCUAACAUCUGGUUCCAUCGGUAUCGCGAUGGUGUUGACAUCGAGGGUCGCUUCGACUACAACUCCUGGAUUGAAUCGGACAAGGGACGACGACUCCGCCAGACCCUGGACCCCGACACCGUCCUCGCCGAGGGCUACAAGGAGUACGACACCGGCCGCAAGUACAUGGUUGGCAUGGGUGACUGGAGAAAGGACAAGGAUGAAGAAAUUGAGCUGGAUGGCAUCGGUGGUGUCAACAUUCUGGUCAAAUCCGACGUCCACCGCUCAGGUAUCAACUUCCCCUCCUACUCCUUCGAGAACCAAGCCGAGACCGAGGGAUUCGCCAAGAUGGCCAAGCGCGCAGGAUACGGAGUAUACGGCCUGCCGAAUUACGUCGUGUGGCAUAUCGAUACCGAUGAGAAGCCUGGCAACCUCGGAGGUCGGAAAGCAUACUAG